AUGUUCCUGUGCGACGUCGCGGGCCUCGUCUCGGAGGAGGCCGUGCGGCGGCGCGCGGGGGAGAGCGGGGGGCUCCCAGGGGUGGAGACGCUGGAGCGCGGCGACGGCCCAGACGGAGUGUACUCCGCGCUGGCCUCCGUGCGGCUGGAGGCGCCCGCGUACGACGUCUUCCGGCGUCUCUGCGACCCGGAGGAGAACAAGAGGAUCUUCGACCGCACCUGCGCGUCGGUCAACUACCGGCACAUACUGGAGGAGGAUCCAGAGGAACAGUCGCGGCUCAUAGAGGUUAGCAAGACUGGGCGGUGGCGAAUCUUGGGCAUUCCAGUGCACUUCGAGUCCACUGUCUUCGCCGUGGAGGACUGGAAGAGCCUCGAGAUCCGCUUCAGGAUCAAGAGCUCCGGGACCAUGCAGCACUUCUCUGGCUUCUGGAAGAUGUGCCCACUCCGCCAGAACGAGACCGUCGUGCUCUUCUACCAGGAGGCCGUGCCGUCCAUCCCCAUGCCCAAGCUCUUCCGCGCCUUCCUCCAAGCGUCGUCCGGACGCUGUGCGGCUCCCUUCUGGAGGACCUGCGCGACGCCUCGGGCACCUGGGGCACCCGGCCGGUGCCCGACAGCGGGCCGCCGCUCGGCGGCGGCCCGCGGCCCGAGGAGGAGUCGUAGAGACGAGGGCGGGAGAGAAAAGCGAGGAUCUGGAGGCUGA